UCCAUCUCCUCCACCAUGCUGCUGUCAUUUCAGUGGUUUUGGCUGGUACUUUUGUUAUAUCUGACAAGCCUCAGAGAUGUGGAGGCUCAGUUUCCAGGUGCCUGUACCACAUCAGAGGCUCUUGAUAGCCGGACAUGUUGUCCCCUCUGGAAUGGGUCUCCUUGUGGAUUUAACUCAGGACGAGGACUAUGUGCACCACAUCCGGCAAGAGACCUUCCAAAACCAGUAGACUACAGGGUAGACUGGCCUCGUGCCUUCUAUGAUUCAGUGUGUACAUGCUGGGGAAACUAUGACGGAUUUGACUGUGGUCAGUGCCUCCCGGGCUGGAGAGGACCGGACUGUCAGACGCCGCACCAUGUGGUGAGGAAAGAGAUAACAGAUAUGACUGAUUCUGAGAGGGAGAACUUCCUCUCAAGUUUGGACCUGGCAAAAAAGAGCCCCAGCAGCCGUUACGUGAUCCUAACAAGUAAUGACACAACAGUGAAAGGGAACUAUGAAUUUCACAACACAAGUGUCUAUAAUCUGUAUGUAUGGAUGCACUACUACUCAGCUAAGAGCUAUGCUGGUUCUGAAAAUAAUGCUGCACACCGGGGCCCUGCUUUUCUCUUCUGGCACCGAGUGUUCCUGCUUUUCAUUGAGAGGGAGAUCAGGGACCUCACAGGGAACCAUGAUUUCUACAUCCCAUAUUGGGACUGGACCAGAACCGACCACUGCAACAUCUGCACCAACAAGUACUUUGGGGGAGUUCGCCAAGAUGGUCGUAUAGACAGUGCUUCCCGUUUCUCAAAGUGGAAGACCAUAUGUCCCUAUGAUGAAAGUCUUGGUAUAAUUUGCAUCGACUCUGAUGAUCCUGCACCUCUGAUCCGCAACCCUGGAAAGGACCCAAUAUAUAAAACACUGCCAACCGCUGGUGAUGUUGAGGAGACAUUGGCAACAAAACAUUUUGACACACCUCCAUUUAACAAAAGCUCUAAGAACAGCUUCAGGAACAAGCUGGAAGGUUUUGAGAUUCCUGACGAUUCCCGACACCUGACUACCUCUAUGCACAACCUGGUCCACAGAUACUUCAAUGGCACAAUGUCUCUGGUCCCUACUGCAGCCAAUGACCCCAUAUUCAUGGUACAUCACAGCUUCGUUGACAAGAUUCUCGAGGAGUGGUUGAAGGCCGACAAUGAUGCGGCCUAUCCUGAUAGUGACCUGGUCCAUCCAGCUCAGAGAGCGUACGCCUACAUGGCCCCAUUCCUCCCUCUACGCACCAACAACUACUACCGGGGCAGGGACAUCAGGAGCCUGGGUUACAGCUUCAGAGAACACAGCCUGUCUGGCUCUGGAGCAGUUCACAGCAUAGAAAGACAGGCUGAAGAGUUUCUAGAGGAAUCUUCAGCCAGUGGAGUCCAGUGGCAGUGGCCUGUUCUGGGUGUUUUUAGCAUUGUAUUGCUCUGUGUUAGUGUUGGGGCCGCUAUUAAAUACAAAGGCAAAAGACAGCAAACGCAGGACACACCGACAGAGGAGAAACGGUCAGAGUUUGAUUACCGGUCCAACUCUCUGUAUGCAAUCUGGAUGAAAGACAGGAAUGGAAGCAUUGACAAAUCGUCAUCUUCAAUUGACGUUGUCUCAGCGCCCAGGUCUGCAUCAGUGGGGAGAGAAGGCAGCGUGGACUCAGCUAUAAAUAUGGAAAUCCACCUUUAG